UCAGUACGUUCCCAGUUAAAUUUCAGCAAAAUAUCGUAAUAGACUUAUAACAAUUGUUACAGAAUAAAAGAAUAUUAUCUCGAAAUUUUAUAAAUGGGAUCCAAGUCUAGAUUUAUUUCUCAAAAAUUAAAUUUCGUUAGGAGUUGUUAUUAUUCAUCUAGGAGUGUAGUCACAUCAUCAGCACAUGCUAAUAACGUAGUAGCAAAGAAGCAAUUACCUGACAACAAAGUCAAUGUCAUUAAAAUUGAUAAAGAGACCAUAGUUAAGUUGGAAAAAGUAUCUCUUGUCAAGCUUGACAACGAAAGUGGUAUACGUCGAUUGGAAGAAGCAAUCCGUUUCGCACAAAAAUUGGACGAUAUUAAAAUUGAUCCAUCAGUCAAACCCAUGUACAGUGUUUUGGAGAACGAAAUUCUGGAAUUGAGGGAUGACAAAGUGACCGAAGGCGAUUGUCGUGAUAAAAUUUUGGAAAACGCCAAAUUACUCGAGGACGAAUACUUUGUGGCGCCAAGUAAUAUUAGGAAAGAUUCGUGAUAAGCAAUGGAAAAGAUACUUA